AUGGCGCGCAUCUCCUCCAAGAUGGGCGAAGGGAUCGACACUUUGCAAUCCUUGUACUCGCGUUCGGGGAGGUCGUUUUCCUACGGCCUUUCUUCGAACGUAGCGGGUGGGUCAUGUCGUACUGCUCGACGAGACCAAAGAAAUCAACAAUCAGCUGGGCACGAGGCUCUCAGCUGUCCCACGCCGGUGGAAUGCCACGUUAGCGGACGAGGUAACUUGUCCGGACGCCAUUUGCAUCGCGAUGGUUCAAAAUACGCUCCACUAGGAAGCGUUGACCACCGCUUGAGUCCACCAAAGUAUGUGGUGGUGGCGGGGACACCUGAUACGGCUCGAGGGUCGGAUCGACUUGAUGUUCAAGAGCUGAACCUUGUAACGAAACAGUUACACGAUGAUCUGGCUCAUAAACGAAGUCGGCGUUACGAGCUCCAUGAUCUUGUGAAUGAUGAUUACAAUUCUUUGGCGUAUGAUCGCUCGGACGAUCGUGCCGCGUUUGCGUUCGCACAACUUGAGAACGAAGGUUUGACUCGUUCUCUUCGUGACGAGCUGGCUGCAGCUCGUCGAGACAUCGCUCAACUGUGUGAGCAGAUCGCUUUUCUUGUCGACCAGAAUGUCUCGUUAAAACGGGACCACUCGAAGGUGAUCUCGGCCUUUGACCGCGGAGGUGUUCUUCCUCUCUCGAAACGGGCUCGUACUGAUAGUACGGGAGGAGACGUCCAACGUAAAACGUAG